AGAAUGGAAGCAGAGCGGUGGGUUCGGUCUGUAGAACAAUAGAGCGUUAGCAACAUCGUCGAGAAUAACUGUUAUUCAACUCACUUGUUGUGGUUAGGGUAACCCAUACUCUUUUCACGAGAGCUCUCCAGAGCAGGAGGCACGAAUGGCAGCACGACGGCUGAAACCAGGCAGGAUCUGGUGAUGAAGAGGGAAGUCCGCGUAGCUUGCUGAGGACGGUGGACAGAGAAGCUGCGGACUGUAGGACGGAGGAGUUGAGCGGCCAUGAUGGUGGUGUGUUUGUUGGUGGUUUGUUUUUGGUAACUGGUAGUAAUGGUAGAAGUAAAAGCAGUUAUAGUGGUGUGGAAGCAGUAUGCAGAAUAUGAAUGAAUCUACAGAUCACUCUGGAUGGCCAACACGGCCUUUAUAUGAAUACUCGUGGACUCGGCCAGUACGUAUACAUCGGAUCGCGCGAUAAUACAACAACCGCUGCCGUGACCCGCGUGGAGAAUUGCGGGGUGGUGGGUCAUCCACCGCCUGCCCAGCUUAUAAUGGCAUACCAGACCGUACUGUUCCAUACCGUACCGUACCACUUUGUACUGUUCCUGCUGACAGGGUCGUCCAUUCUAGCACUGGUGUUUAAAGGGUAUCUCCUGGUUAUUCUGGAGUUAUUACCGGUGUAUAUCUUUC